AGGCUCAGCUGCCUUCCAGCCCUGUCCCGGGGGGCAGCCCCUCCCAGCCAAUAGCACAGCCCGGGCUCCCCCCUAUAUAAGGCCAGGGCUGUGGGCCUUUCCUUCGGGUCAGUGUUGCCUCCAGGACACAGACAGCCCCUGUCAGCACAUCCCAGCCAGCCCACCAGGUCCCCCACGCCGCCACCAUGCCGUUCAGUAACACCCACAACAAACACAAGCUGAACUUCAAGUCUGAGGAGGAAUACCCAGACCUCAGCAAACAUAACAACCACAUGGCCAAGGUACUGAACCCCGAGCUCUACAAGAAGCUGCGGGACAAGGAGACGCCCUCUGGCUUCACUCUGGACGACGUCAUCCAGACAGGUGUGGACAACCCAGGUCACCCCUUCAUCAUGACCGUGGGCUGUGUGGCUGGUGACGAGGAGUCCUACAUGGUUUUCAAGGACCUCUUUGACCCCAUCAUCCAGGACCGGCACGGGGGCUACAAACCCACCGACAAGCACAAGACCGACCUCAACCACGAGAACCUCAAGGGUGGAGACGACCUGGACCCCAACUACGUGAUCAGCAGCCGCGUCCGCACGGGCCGCAGCAUCAAGGGCUUCUCGCUGCCCCCCCACUGCUCCCGCGGUGAGCGCCGGGCCGUGGAGAAACUCGCCGUGGAAGCCCUCAACAGCCUGACGGGAGAGUUCAAGGGGAAAUACUAUCCUCUGAAGAACAUGACAGACAAGGAACAACAGCAGCUCAUCGACGACCACUUCCUAUUUGACAAGCCCGUGUCCCCGCUGCUGCUGGCUUCAGGCAUGGCCCGAGACUGGCCCGAUGCCCGUGGCAUCUGGCACAAUGACAACAAGAGCUUCCUGGUGUGGGUGAACGAGGAGGACCACCUCCGAGUCAUCUCCAUGGAGAAGGGGGGCAACAUGAAGCAGGUUUUCCGCCGCUUCUGCUUGGGGUUGCAGAAGAUUGAGGAGAUCUUCAAGAAAGCCGGCCACCCCUUCAUGUGGAAUGAGCACCUGGGCUACGUGCUCACCUGCCCAUCUAACCUGGGCACCGGGCUGCGUGGAGGCGUGCAUGUGAAACUAGCGCACCUGAGCAAGCAUCCCAAAUUCGAGGAAAUCCUCACUCGUCUGCGCCUGCAGAAGCGGGGCACAGGUGGCGUGGACACGGCCGCCGUGGGCUCAGUGUUCGACGUGUCCAACGCCGAUAGGCUGGGCUCGUCGGAGGUAGAACAGGUGCAGCUGGUGGUGGAUGGUGUGAAGCUCAUGGUGGAGAUGGAGAAGAAGCUGGAAAAGGGCCAGUCCAUCGACGACAUGAUCCCCGCCCAGAAGUAGGCGCACUGCCCGCCCGCCGCCGACUGCUGGAGCCCCAGCCAAAGGGAGGACCCGGCCCACCGGAGGCCCGCCCUUCAUCCUUUGCCCCGCCCCUUUCUCCCGGAGUCCCGCCUAUAAAGGUUUAGUCUACCGGGGGCUCUAUCCACCCUCCUUCGAGUUCCAGUUCCAACCAGAGUUCCAACCAAUGGGCUCCAUUCUCUGGGUUCUGGCCAAUGAAUAACCUCCCUUAUGCUCUCCUCUCUUUUUCCCUGAGCUCCGCCCACCAUCAGGCACUCUGGCUGAUGGAGAACACCCGGGCUCACCUGCGGCUCAUGCUUUUUCUCCGCUCAAAGCAACAAAUAAAAGCAAUGGUGGCCUUA